CAAAAUUUCACAAACUAUCGGAAUUAUCAUCAUAUUGAAGGCAUAUUCGACGUGAAAAAUAAGCUGACAGUUACUGAGGACACAGCAGAGAUGAUUCCCUCAGAGAGUCGCGCGUCGGAGGAGAAAAACAAGGCUCCUGUAAAAGCGAAAAGGAGCAAACCUGAGAUGUCUGGAGGGGACGAGGACGAGGUCUACCACCCGGUGAAGCUGUCCCGGAGUGAUCUGUACAGACCUCCGACAGCAGAGGAGCUAAACCAGCUGAAAGAGACGGAAAGCCUGUUUCACUGCAGCCUGCUCAAAAUGCAGAUGGAAGAGCUGCUGAAAGAGGUCGCCCUGAGUGAGCGUAGGAAACGGCAAAUAGAUUCCUUCAUUCAGGCCGUCACCAAGCUGCUCCAGACCGUACCGAAUUCCUCAGACGUUGAGUUGAGUGACCUGUCAUGGCUGACAAGUGCAGUUAAGGUCCCUUUUCUCCUGGUGCCCAACACAACAAAAGGCAAGUUCCACAUGGCACCGCCUGCUUCUGUUGAUCUGAUUGGCAGCUACCCUCUGGGCACCUGCACCAAACCACGCAUCAUGGUCGACCUGGCUGUCACAAUCCCAGCUGAUGUGCUCCACCAAAAGGACGUCUUGAACCAGAGGUAUCCGAGGAAAAGGGCUCUCUACCUGGCCGGUCUGGCCCAGUGUUUCGCAUCUUCUUCUGACAUCGGGAGCAUGCGUUACUCCUGUCUGCAUGGCAACAGACUUCGACCCAUUCUGCUGCUCACGCCUCCAGGUAAAGACUCUUCCAGCUUCACCUUGCGUAUCCAUGUCUGUCCGCCUCCUGGAUUCUUCAAGCCCAGCCGUUUCAACCCACAGAGGAAUAAUAUCCGGACAGAGUGGUACAGCGGUGUGCAGAACUCCCAAUGUGAGAGCGGCGAGCCCCCCACUCCGCAUUACAAUAGCUCUGUUCUGGGGGAUUUACUGCCCAGGGCUCACCUGCAGUUUCUUUCUGCGGUCAGCUCCCAGUGCUCAGCUUUUGCUGAUGGAGUGGCUUUGCUCAAAGUCUGGCUUCGUCAAAGAGAGCUCGACCAGGGAACUGGUUGUUUUAAUGGCUUCCUGGCUUCGAUGUUGUUGGCUUACCUUCUGACCACUCACAGAAUCAGUAACUCCAUGACAGCCUAUCAGCUGCUUCGAAACAGCUUGAACUUCCUGGCAUCUACAGACCUGACAGUGAAUGGAAUUAGCCUGGCCAGAGACCCUGACUCUACAGCUCCAUCUCUUGCAGAGUUCCACAGUGCUUUUCAGGUUGUGUUUGUUGACCCGUCAGGACAUCUCAACAUGUGUACUGACAUAACUGCUUGCACCUACAAACAGCUGCAGCACGAGGCGACUCUAUCGAUGCAGUUCUGGGACAACCCUACGGUGGAUGGCUUCCACAGCCUCCUCAUGACACCCAAACCCAUGAUAAGGACAAGCGACCACGUAUUCCAGUUAUGUGAGCUGGUGAAGCUUCAGUCCAGCUGCAAGAAAAUGAAUCUCCUCGGUGAGCUGAUGGACCACAGUGGAAAUUAUGUCCACACCGCACUCCCUUUUAUUUUGUCACUGCUUCAGCGGGGACUGGGCCAAAGGAUUCACCUCCUCACCCACUCCCUCUCACCUGACCCUGAGUGGUCUGUUGAGAGCGAAGCCCCAAAACACAAAGAUCAACCUCCUCUGGCCUUUGGUUUGCGCUUCAAUCCGGAGCUGGCAUUCUCUGUCCUGGAACGAGGCCCAGCUGCAGAAAGCCCCAAGGCGGCUGAGUUCCGUCAGCUGUGGGGUUCUCGCUCCGAGCUGCGUCGCUUCCAGGACAGUUCGAUCACCGAGGCUGUGCUGUGGGAUGGAGAGAGCAUAUGCCAGAAGAGGCUGGUGCCCAGGCAGAUCAUCGCACACCUGCUACAGCUGCAUGCAGAUAUCCCCGAGUCCUGCAUGCGAUAUGUGGGGGCGAUGGUGGAUGACGUCAUCAAAAGGGGAAGUGAGGUGCCUAGUACUGGAGACGAGGAGAGUUUGCUUGUGGUUCAGUCCUAUGAUGACCUGAGUAGAAAACUGUGGAGGCUGGAAGGACUGCCUCUCGCCAUCACAGCAGUGCAAGGAGCCCACCCUGCACUUAGAUACACACAGGUCUUUCCCCCUGUGCCACUGAAGGUGGACUAUUCCUUCUUUGACAGAGAAAAGACUUCCAGAUCAUUGGUGCCAAUGGAAGGCAAACCGUGCCCUGCUUAUAUCACCCCGAUCACAGUGAUUUGCCACAUGGAAGGGAGUGGAAAGUGGCCUCACGAUCGCCUCGCCAUCCGCCACAUCCGAGCUGCCUUCCACAUCUGCCUGGGAGAGUUACUCAAGAAGCAUCAUCAAUAUACAUGCAGGCCCUGCCCCACUCACCUAGAUGUCUGGAAGGAUGGCUUGGUUUUCCGCAUCCAGGUGGCCUACCAUCGCGAGCCUCAGGUGCUGAGGGAGAGUGUGAAUGCCCAGGGGCUGCUGAUCGUGAGGGACAACGAGGAGGCUCAGGCUCUGGAGAUGGCCACCAUUCACAAGCCUCUACUUACCAGCACAUUGCAUGGGCUCCAGCAGCAGCACCAAUGUUUCGGGGGAGCGUGUCGCCUGGCCAAGCGCUGGCUGGGGGCUCAGCUCUUCAGCGAGGACAUCACAGAGGACACAGCAGACCUGCUGGUGGCCUCGCUGUUCCUGCAGCCUGCACCCUUUACUCCUCCGGGUUCUCCUCAGGUGGGCUUGCUUCGUUUCCUUCACCUUCUCUCCUCCUUUGACUGGAGGAACAACCCGCUGGUAGUCAACCUCAACAACCAGCUGGCAGCCACCGACUACACGGAGAUCAAGAACGACUUCAUGGCCUCCAGGGAGUCUCUGCCCGUCUUGUUUCUAGCUACGCCUAAAGACAAGAAACAAUCCCUCUGGACCAAGCGAGCACCGAGUGUACAGAUGCUGCUGCGUGUGGUGAUGGUGGCUGCAGAGAGUCUGAAGUUACUGGAGCAUCAGCUGAUGGACGGAGACCAGAUACAAGAUGUCAGGGUGGUCAUGCGCGCUCCUCUGGAUGCCUACGAUGUGCUGAUUCACCUGAACCCAAGGCAGGUUCCCCUGCUCUCUCAGGCAGUGGACCCUCCCAUUGUCACCUUCAACAGGGGCCUCAUGGCUGGCAACGUGGCCCAGUCCAGAGGGGCCCUGCCGGUCAUCGACUACAACCCCGUGACCCUCUACCUGGCAGAGCUCAGAGAUGCUUUCGGAGAGCUCGCCCUCUUCUUCUGUGAUCCUCAUGGCGGAACCGUGAUCGCAGUUUUAUGGAAGCCAAAGGCCUUCCUCCCAGUGCCCUUCAAGACAUCGUAUAUGUCUGCUCGGAGAGUGGAGGUGACUGGGGAGGAAGCGAAUACCAUUCCCAACGUCGAAGCAAUCCUGGAGGACUUCCGGGUCUUGGGAAAGGGCUUGAUCAAGUCAGUGGAAGCCAGGACUGAGAAGUGGUCAGUUUAGACGUGUCGUUUUCACCGUGUACAUUUCAUUGUGAAACGGAACAACGGGGAAAUUAAUGGAUUUUCAGAGACAUUUGUGUUAACAAUAUUAUCAGUUAAUAAUGUGUUUUAAAGAUAAGCCACAUGUUUGUCUUGGCGAAGCUGCAUCUUGUUUAAUAAAUGCAUAUGUACUUUU